AUGGCGAAGACACCUAUCAUUAUUGCCACUGCUGUGAUAGGGGUUAUGUUUUUGAUGGAGAUAAUUGGCCUGGCCACACCACACUGGAUGGUUAUCAAAGCCUUUGGACUACAUGUUGGCGUGUUCCAAAUAUGUGUGACGAAUGAAUGCGUCACUUUCAUCGGGUACCUUGGAUUUUCAAUCCACUACCUCGGAUUCGUGGUGUGUCAAUGUCUUGGAUGUACCCUAAUGCUUAUUUCAACAAUAUCAGGAAUAGUGGGAGCGACAAGCAGCAAACGACCGGAGAAGAUCAUCAUAAAAAAACUGGCUAGUCUAUGUUUCUCAUCAGCCUUUUUCAUCCUGGUGUCUGUGACCUGGUUUGCUUUGGCUUUCUACAAUAAUAUCGGUACCCUAUACAGUUUAUACACGUCUGCUAUCGUCACACUGGGCUAUUCCUUCGUCUUGUCUCUUGUCAGUGGUAUCGGUAUGUUGGUCAUAGGAAUCAGCAGCUGCGUCAUAGCCCAGAACAUGCCUGCACCACCAAUCGUCGCCCAGGCCCCACAUGCAACUGGGCAGCAACCCAUGAUCAUCAUGGCGACUUCCAACCAGCAGUUUAUAAAUCAGCAGCCAAUCACAGGUCAGUCUCAAACACAAAUAAACGGUCAGCAACCCAUUGGUCCUCAACCAUCAGGAUACCCGCAAGGAUAUUUGGCGACACAGUCAGCAGAUCCUGCAAAUAUGGCGGCUGUCCAACAUACCGACCACCCUGGAUACGCCCCACCUGUCGCUCCACCUGGUGGUCAGCCUAUAUACGUGCCACCUCCUAUCUACGGUGGCCAGCCUUCGGCUAUUGGAGACUACGGUCCAUGUGCUCCGAACCCUGCACUACCAGCACAGAUGAACGAAAAACCAUCUUCGUAUUAA